GGGUCCAGGCGCGGCUAUAAGAAGGGCAGGCGGCGGCGCUCGUGCCGCUUUGCAGACGCCGCCACCCGAAGCCGUCCGUGACCAGCCAUGGUGAAUCCGACCGUGUACUUCGACAUCGCCGCGGAUGGCGAGCCCUUGGGCCGCGUCUCCUUCGAGCUGUUUGCAGACAAAGUUCCAAAGACAGCAGAGAACUUCCGUGCACUGACAACUGGGGAGAAAGGAUUUGGUUAUAAAGGUUCUUGCUUUCACAGAAUUAUUCCGGGAUUUAUGUGCCAGGGUGGUGACUUCACACGCCAUAAUGGCACAGGCGGCAAGUCCAUCUAUGGGGAGAAGUUUGCGGACGAGAACUUCAUCCUGAAACACACAGGCCCUGGCAUCCUAUCCAUGGCGAAUGCUGGGCCCAACACAAACGGCUCCCAGUUUUUCAUCUGCACUGCCAAGACCGAAUGGUUGGAUGGCAAGCAUGUGGUCUUCGGCCAGGUGAAAGAAGGCAUGGAUAUUGUGACGGCCAUGGAGCGCUUUGGGUCCAGGAAUGGCAAGACCAGCAAGAUGAUCACCAUUGCCGACUGUGGGCAACUCUAAUAAAUCUGACGUGUUUUAUCUUCACCAGACCAUUCCUUCUGUAGCUCAGGAGAGCACCCCUUCAUCCCAAUUUGCUUGGAAUGUUCCAUAAUCUAUAUGUGCUCUUGCCAGUUCAUUGGGUUCCAUCAUUUCCUUACCCCUUCCCAGUCUAGCUGGAUUGCAGAGUUAAGUUUAUGAUUAUGAAAUAAAAAACUAUAAACAGUUGUCUGUCCUUUGGGUUU